AUGGCCAAGGUGCGCCUACUGAGGACUUUAGGAAAGGUUGGCCACCCACGCUCUGGAAGGCGCUGGACGGUGGCUCUCAGGUUGCAGCGGGCUCCAGAGGCUCCUGACGCUGCAAUGGUCCGCAUCAGGGUGCUCGUUACAUCUGAGGCCUGCUGGUCAUCUUCUCCUUGGGCCCAUGAGAAUAUAACUUCAUCAUUUAACUCCUUUCUGCUUUUCUCUUUCAAGUACAAAGUGCACAUUUUAACCAAACUUGCAGCAGAACUGAACAAAUUCAUGCUUGAAAAAGUGACUGAGGACACAAGCAGCAUUCUGCGCUCCCCAAUGCCCGGAGUGGUGGUGGCUGUCUCUGUCAAGCCUGGAGACAUGGUAGCAGAAGGUCAGGAAAUCUGUGUGAUUGAAGCUAUGAAAAUGCAGAACAGUAUGACAGCUGGGAAAAUGGGCAAGGUGAAACUGGUGCAUUGCAAAGCUGGAGACACAGUUGGCGAAGGAGAUUUGCUUGUGGAGCUGGAAUGAAGUAUUUCCAGCCUUUCAGUUAUCACCGCUUUAAUUAACAUUUCCGUUAUCCUCUAACCCUCAAACCCUCAAACCCUCAGUUUGCUCAAGCAUUCACAGGAGCACUCCUGUGCCACAGGUUCUACAGCAUUGGAUUUAGUUCUCAGAUGCGGCAAAACCGACACUCUGCCAAAAAAAUCACCAACGGAAAUUUUUAUUGAUAUAAAUACUUGUACAUAUGAUUUGUACUUCUGCUGAGAUUUCCUAGUGUCAAAAUUAAAUCAAUAAACCCAAGCAUUUGUCUAAA